CUCCCAUAGCUACCGAAGGAGGCUGCCUGCGGAAGGCAGUGGCGAGCGGCGGGGGCGGCCAUCUUGGCGGCGGCGGCGGCGCCGGGGCCGGCGAUGAGCGGCUCGAAGCCCAGGGUGGCGGCGGCGCCGGGAGCGUCGGGGCCGCUGAGCCGGCUGCGCGGGCGGAGCGGCUCCGAAGACGCCGCUGUGGUGCCGCCGCCGCCGAUGCGAACGGUCCUGCCCCGCACGGAGGCGGAGCUGGCGGCGCUGGAAGUGAUCCGGCCCGACCACGUCCUGGGGCUCACCCGCGUCACGGAGAAUUAUUUGUGCAAACCUGAGGACAACAUCUACAAUGUUGAUUUCACCAAGUUCAAGAUCCGGGACCUAGAAACCGGAACGGUGCUGUUUGAAAUUGCCAAACCUUCUGCUUUAGGACAAGAAGAUGACGACAAUGAUGACAGCGGAGAAGUUGACUCCAGUGCUGGGCGGUUCGUUCGUUACCAGUUCACUCCUGCCUUUCUGCGCCUCCGGACAGUUGGGGCAACUGUUGAAUUCACAGUGGGAAACAAGCCCGUAUCAAACUUCCGCAUGAUUGAGAGGCAUUACUUCAGAGACUGCCUGCUCAAGAACUUUGACUUUGAUUUCGGCUUCUGCAUCCCAAAUAGCAGGAACACUUGUGAACACAUUUAUGAAUUCCCUCAGCUUUCGGAGGACCUUAUCCGCCUGAUGGUUGAAAACCCCUAUGAGACUCGCUCAGACAGCUUCUACUUUGUAGACAACAAACUCAUCAUGCACAAUAAGGCCGACUACGCGUACAAUGGAGGACAGUAGCUGUUACAACUGCAUCCUUCGGACUUUGUGCUACUAUUAGCUAUUUUGGAUGCACAGACGGCGAGCAGAAGAGCCAGUUCCUGCUCCAUUGCCUCUUGUGAAACAUUCUGCAAGGCUCAAGAUGUGAAAUGAAGGGUGACCGGAUAUGACAGUAAAAGUGCUCUGCUUGCAAGUCUGCCUUUCCCAGCAGUGUUACUUCCUUGGCCUCUGGUUUCCAACGAUACUUUAGUCAGGUAACAGGUCAGACCAUGAAGUGUUAACUGAUGUAGCAGUUCUUGUCAUUGGACAGACUUGACUUGUAUUCCUCCCACCCCCCGAAAAAGACCACUUUCUGUCCAGAGAUCAUUGGGCCAGAUUCUGCAGUGUUAAGCUGCUGCCUUUCCCAGGUACUGAGGGAAAAUCAAAUAGCAGUCUCCCUUUGAAUGGUUCUGGAAGCUGGUUAAUAACUUUGGGAUCACUAGUGGUUCAGCCUGUGUAUGUAAUUGUGACUCCUUCACAAUUUUCUUGCUGCCCAGUGAUUCUCAAAGACAAAAUUAGGAUAGGAACUUCAAAUGAGUCACUCCACGUUUAAAAGGAGCGGGACUGUUUCUUCGGCCUGGCAUGAUCGUAGUGAAUUCCUUGUGCACCUUUUUGCAAAGAGGAUACCCAGAGACAGUGUCAUGGAGGGCCAGACUAGAUUGGGGGGAGGGGCAGGUUCCAUUCCCUGUUCUAACAUGAAGCUCCUUGGGUGAUCUUGGUGCAGUCUCUCUGUUUCAGCAUAACCUACCUCAUGGGGUCCUUGUGAGGAUAAAGGGAGUUGGGGUGAGAAAAAUACAUUUUUGUGUCCAGGCAAUGGGAGGAGGCAGAGCUAAGCACUAGCACCUCCCACAGCUUCCAGUCCCAUCAGACAGUUUUGCUGUUUCCUUGAGGCAGUGUGCAGAAUGAGGUGUGAGAGUGUUAUCAGGAGCUGCCUGAUAGGUAUGCCAAAUGGAAGGUCAGAUCUUCCCAGGGCUUUCUCCUGUAUUCACUGAAAAGGCAACAAUUCCUGAAAAGGUAUUAUCAUAAAUGGUGGUGUUAAUCAGCCUAUAUUUACCUGGACCAGGGCUUCAGCUCAUGCCAUUAUCAGACUGGACUCUAGAGGCUCUCUUAGUAUGGUGAGGUGCAGCCCUUCUACUUAACAAUGAAGUGAAACAAAAAAUUAAGGGAUCUCCCCUCCCCUCCCCCCCCCAAAAAUAAAAGUUAUAGUGCUGAGUUUCUGUUUAUGAUUUCCCUGCUUGGUUGGGAAAUUGAUGAGUCCCUUGCUUAUGGGGAUGCAGCUCAUUCUUAACAUUAGACUCAUGUAGUAUAUAGACAGCAAGCCAGUCAAUGAGAACCUGGUCCCAGGAGAAAUGAGAGUGUGUCUCAGUCAUUGCGACAGGAGUCUUCUUCUCUGUCUGUGAUUACCUGCCACUGUCUUCCUUGUCCCCAUCUUCUCUUCCCUACCUUAUCCCAUAUGGUGUUUCCUGUGCCAGAGAAGAAGCUGUGUCUUGGAGUACGGCAUUUUUAAAAGCUCUUGAUCAGCUGCUGAUUAUCCUGUGUGGUAAUCUGCGUAAGAUACAAUUCAAGUAAAAUCGGAUGACCUUAGAAGAAUGUUGCGGGCACUUGAGCUUGUCCCUUUGGAGGGAAAUCCCCUCAUGCCCUGGCAGUAAAUCCCUACUGGGGUAGUGACAAUCCACAAAUGGGACAGCAUGAGGCGAUGGAGUGGCCAUUGAAGAAAGCACGAGAUGACAAUUGCUUGAUCUCAUGUCUAAAAGACAAAAUAUUGUGAGCACCCCAAACGUGUGAAAUAGAGGAGUACAAUAAAGUUGGGCAAACUUCAAAGACAUACCUUAGUUCUUUAAAAAAAAACACUGGAUAAUGAAGACUAUUUUUUUCAUAUACCUGUCUCAUUUCUUCCAAAAAAUCACUGGUGAUUCAAAGCUUGGGUGUCUUGUAUGCCUCUUCCAGCUCCUCAGUUGUCUCUUGAAUUAUACGAAUUUUGUUGCAGCCUCCCUUCUGUUUUCCACAGAAAGGUGCCUUUUUCUCCCUGCAUCCAAGGCCACAUAACAGAGGAGCUUGAUUCUUGUCCCAUAGAAGCGAGUGGAAGUCCCUGCAUCCAUGUGGUUAAACACCCAGUGCCUUUAAACAUCAUUCUGUGUGUGGCUCAGGCAUGUACAUGUAGCAGAUCCCGUCUGUUUCCUGUACCUGGGUGCAGUCAGAAGGGUUAUAUAGUAAUCUAACCCAGGAGUAGGUACAGUCAGCAAUAAAGUCUUGUCAGGGAAGUUUAUUUCAGUGACUUGCUCUCUGUACAGUGUCAUCUGUUCUCUUGAAAGUUGAUGCUCCUCCCUCUAGAAAUCCAGCUGCUCUUUGUGUGCCUUGUAUGAGAAUAAGCUACCACAUCAGCAAUAAGAAACAGAAGGGCUGGGGGUGGGAAAAGCAGAGUAGCUUUUGGAUGCUGGCAGUGGCCUGCUGCUUUAGUGGACCAAAUGCUGAAUGGGAGAAGGAUGCUAGAUGUGCCACUUAGUACUGUCUGGGACACUUUCUGAAGAAGUGUCACCCUCAGUUCAUGUGAAGUCCUGCUCUUCGCUAGUGGUUAGCUUGUGCAUUUGUUUUUCUUUUGCUGUCCUUGUUCUUUUGCUCCCGAUACCAUAUUUGUUGGGAUCGCUAGGCUGUUGGGGUAACAUUCCCUCCAAGAGAACUGUCAUUCUGCUUGCUAAGGAGAUAAGCUGUAAGUCUGCUAUACUGACCAAGGAGGAAGCAGAUAUAAUAAGAGCCUCCAUCCAAAGAAUGGAGCAUUUAAGCAUAUCCUUUGAUUGCCUGGGCCACUCACUCCAGCAGCUAUGAAUCCUUCAAAAUUUGCCAUGUUAAAACUAGCUUAAUACUUCUUAUACACCCAUUGCAUGGGUGACAGAGGAGUUAAGAUAUCUGGUACCCCAGGCCUGUCCAGUGAAUAUGGACUGAAGUGUUAAUCUCCCUGACUUGAUUUAGUCAUCACCUUCCUUUUGUGUCUAUGUGUUUCUUCUUAUCCCUGUGAAGGACGAAGGGAGAAGUGUGGUGCUUGUAGUUCACCUUGUGUAGGAAUUACACACACAACACUUGGAAGCAGGGAACAUUAACAGAAAUUAAUUGGAGAGGCACUGACUGGUACUAGGUAGGGGAUUGUGGUCGGAGUAUCAUAGUUACCAUCAAGUCUCUGCCCUGAAGUGUCAAACUGUUAGAGUGGGUGUUGGUCUCAUGAUGGUUUUGACAAAGACUGCUGUUUCAAUGUUAUUACACUCAUAGUUGGAUGCUACUCAGCUCUGCACAUCUCAAAUGUUGAACGUAGCCCUUAGAGUAAUAAAUGACAUCCUUCAUCACAGCAACACGAAAUGAAGGAGACCUGCUAACAAGGAGCUAUAUUCUGUUACCAGUUCCCAUUUGUGAAACACCAGCAAAUGACCUGAUCAGUUGUGUGGACCACUUGUUUUUGUGUUGAGUAUUCUAAAACCACAUCAGCCUCAGGCAAGAUAUUAAUGUAUUUCUCAGUGCCCCUGAUUUUGAGGGGAGCUUGCUUGUGAUGACAGUAUAAGACUGGUUAUACAGAACUAUGUGUUCAAAUUACCAGCAUGGGGGGUGGGUGACCAGUUGCAGUGCUGUCAGAAUGGAUUCCCAGCACAGCUUUCUAACUCUGAAUUGGACAUGGAAGCAGUUCCCUAUCUGUAUCCUCUUGCAACUAGCCUUUCUGUUCUGUGGUGGUCUUUGACAGAGAGUAUAUCCAUGUCUUGGUCUUUGUUUUUCUUUGUGUCUGUAGCCUAGAAAAGGGCACUAGUCGUUGUUCCUUUUACAUGUAGGAAGAACAGUAGCAAGUCCAGAAGAGUUCUCCCAAGUAUAUUUUUCUGUCAAGGUAUUUUUCCACAAAGAAUGGCUGAAAUGUCAACAGAACUAUAUGUGAUUCCCUCCUUCCUCCUCUUCCAGUUUCCCUACCCAGGAUUGACCUGUCAUCUUGUCUCUUUCCCUGAACAUAGUAAAUUCUAGCUGACUUAUUUGUAUAAAAUGUUAUUUUGUCACAAGCAAUAGUAAUAAAAAAACCCCUAACAUUUA